AUGCAAACUCUAGCCUCCCCCACAAACGCCAGUACUCCUCCGCCCUCCUCGGCUUCCGCCCAGUCCGAGUAUGCGCGCUUCCGAGCCUGCGACGAGUGUCGCCGCCGAAAGAUCAAAUGCGACGGCCGGAUUUCAGGUUGCCGACAUUGCGUGAACUCAUCUGUCCACUGCGUCUACAACACCCCUACCAAGACCACGAGAAAGCGUGCCUCAUCCUCGCAGUCCUCAAAACAUCUGCCUGAUGCCGAGACCGCCGUUAUACUCGAAGAGCGUUUAGAAAGAAUCGAGCGCGCCGUUAAGGAACACCUCGCAAAUCGAUUAUCCUCCGUAACUCGCGAAGAUGAGUCGUCGCAGGAUGAUCCGGAACAUGCCGACGUCACACCCAAACGCCCGCGGCGCCAUGGCAUCGCCGAGACCGCCGCUGCCGUCGGGGGAGAUUUAACCGCCAAGCAAAAUAGCCACAACCCUAACCCACAGAAACACCAAGCCCUCUACCACUGGAAAAUAUCAGAUGAGGAAGGGACAACAGAAAGGAUUACAGCAGAUGAAGGCUUGAUUGAAGACUUUCAGGGAAAGCUUAAGUUCAUCGGCGAAUCGUCGGUAUUCUCACUGUUUUUGCCGCGCGGGAUGCAGUGGGUGUGCGAGAAGCUUGGGGAACCUCAUUUCUUUGAUCCAUUAAAUCGGGCGGCACUCACACAGUGGACUCUGAAUUCCCCGAGCGGGAACAUAAUUGAUAUCUCCAUGGCCGGCCUUCCUCCGGGGGAGGAGGAGCCGUUGCCGUCAAGGCAGGUGGUGAGGAAACUUGUUAACGACUACUUUGACCGCAUCAACUGUGUCAUACCCAUCUUCUCACGAUCCCGAUUCUCCACCGAACUUGCCAUGUUCCAGCAAAACGGGCACCGAGCCUCGCCCUCGUGGCUCAUAUCCUUGCAUAGCAUCCUCGCUCUCGCAUUACUCUUCAAUCCCGUCAAUGAGCCUGUUGCAGAGCGCAAAGCUGCCGAAAAGACUGGGCUGGCCCUCUUCCGUACCGGAUGUAGACAUGUACCCAAGGUUUUGUUCUGUAACCGUGACAUUAGCGGCAUGCAGGCUCUUCUGGUGACAAUUUUGUUCCUCUGGGAAACACACAGUACCGAGGGGUGUUUCACACUGCUUGGGGUAGCUGUGAGCAUAGGCACCGAGAUUGGGUUCCAUCGGUGUGGUACUCAGCUAGGGCUGCAAGAGGAGAGCGAGGUAGAACUGCGAAGGAAUGUUUUCUGGUCGGCGUAUAUUCUCGACAAGGACAUGUCACUGCGCAUAGGGAGGCCGUCAAGCAUUGCUGAUGAGGAUAUAAAUUCAGACUUCAAGACCUGGAAGGUCGGUUGCGAGUUGAUGGCGGAUGGCGAGGUAGAUGGGGGAAGACCAGAGAGAGCGCAGCACCUUUUGAGAUUGAAAUUGGUGUAUUAUGCAUGUCUGACUGCUAUCAACCGGCCAUUAUGCCCAGCUUUCGACUUGCAAGACACCGCCGACGCUGAAGUUCCACCCACCACCCCCAUAGCUGCUACCAAGCUACAAGGCUAUGAAUCAUGCAUUUAUGCAGCGCGCGAAUCGAUUUCCCUGAUUGACGUCUUUGAGCAACUUGGAGAACCCGGGGCCGAGACGGUGUGGGACGAUAUUGGGAGAAUCCGAAAAGUGUCUGAGUUUUUGAGAAAGGGCGUCGAGGCUGGAUGCCCGAACCUCAGUGAGAUGUUCUUCUUGACGUUUACGUUAUGUAGUAUGGCAACCAAAAGUGUAGAGAGAUUGGGGUCGAUGGGUGGUUCUGCCGCGGGAAACGCGGAGGGGGUGGGGCGGCGACGAAUGGUGCCAGCGAGAUGGGUACACAGGAGUUUGGAGGUGUAA